AUGGCUCCGAUCAAACGCAAGGGCAAUGCCCCAGAGGAGGCAUCCGCCCGCCAGCCCCAGAAGCGUGUCCGAGUCGGCGCAGACGACCACCAGAAAGAUCAGAAGAAGCACAAGUCGGCGUCGAAUGACAGCAAGUCGAAGCCCGAGGAAAAGCCUGCCUCGAAGGCGUCGGAGCUCACCGUUCUGCGCGAUGACGAGCCCUCUUUCCCUCGUGGUGGUGCCAGUGUCUUGACGCCUCUCGAGCGGAAACAAAUCCAGAUCCAAGCGACGAAAGAUGUUCUCUUCGAACAGAGAGGCGCCAAACCCUCCGGCGAUUUCGCGAAUGAUGGAUUGGAAGACGACACAGACAUGGAAGACGCCGGCGACGAACCGUCGGGCGCUGCGACGAAGGCCCGCAAGCGCAAGACCAAGGGGAAGAAGACCGAGCAGGAUGCGGGUGAAAAACAGAGUGUUCGGAUCGAAGGUCUGAAUUUCAAGCGUCUUGUUCCUGGUACGAUGGUCCUAGGUCAAGUCUCCAGUAUCAGCGCUCACAACAUCGGAAUUUCUCUUCCUAACAACCUGACUGGCUACGUCUCGUUAACCGCCGUGUCCAAGGUGCUGGAGGAGAAGAUCGAAAAGAUCCUGAAGAACAGCGAAAACGACAACGAGGAGGACGACGACAACGAGGACGACGACGACGAGUUGGACCUGAACAAAUACUUCUUCAUCGGCCAGUUCUUGAGAGCGUACGUGGUCUCAGCCGGAAGCAAUGCCGCCGAUGCUACCUCCAAGAGCAGAAGACGUAUCGAGCUUUCUAUCGACCCGAGACAGGCAAACUCCGGACUCUCGAAAACGGAUCUGGUUGCUCACACUGCUGUUCAAGCGUCGGUUGUCAGUGUGGAAGACCACGGUCUGGUCAUGGAUCUUGGUCUUGAGGGCGGUGAUGUCAAGGGAUUCAUGUCCUCGAAGGAAGUUGACCCCAAGACCGACCCCUCGAGCAUCAAGGCGGGUUCGGUCUUUCUGUGUAUGGUCACUGGCCAAAACGCCAACGGCAGUGUCAUCAAGCUGUCUGCCAACCUCCAAUCAUCGGGCUCAAUCAAGAAGUCCCACUUCCUCAGCACCGCUCCUACGAUCAGCUCUUUCCUUCCCGGUACUGCGGCCGAAAUCCUUUUGACCGAUGUCGCGCCGACCGGAAUGGUCGGAAAGAUCAUGGGCAUGUUGGAUGCUACGGUCGAUCUGGUACAGUCCGGCGGAUGCUCAGGAAAGGAUGACUUGACCAAGAAGUACCAGAUUGGUGCCAAAAUCAAGGGCCGUCUGGUCUCCACGUUCCCAUCGGCCGAGCCAUUCAAGGUUGGCUUCUCGCUUCUCGACCAUGUCACCAAGUUUGCCCCUACCAGUUAUGGGCCCGGUUCCUCUAGCGACGCUCCCGCCGUCUCUGCGAUUGUCCCCGAGGCCAAGAUUGUCAAGGUUGAACCCGGUCUCGGUGUCUACGUGCAGCUCGGAUCGACCAAGCACCUUGGUUUCGUUCAUGUGUCCAGACUUGCCGAUGGGCAGGUGGAAACCAUCUCCCCCGAGGUCGGCCCCUUCCGGACCGACUCUGUGCACGAGGCGAGAGUGAUUGGAUACAGCGCCGUUGACGGUCUCUACCUUCUGUCUUUCGAAAAAAAGGUCAUUGACCAGCCUUUCCUCAGAAUCGAGGAUGUGACCCUGGGAGCUGUCGUCAAAGGAAAGGUCGAGAAGCUGAUCAUCGGAGCCAACGGAGUGGAUGGUCUGAUUGUUUCUCUGGCCGAUGGCAUCACUGGUCUUGUCCCCCCGAUGCACUUUGCCGACGCCCCUCUCCAGUUCCCCGAGAAGAAGUUCCACGAGGGUAUGACUCUCUCGACCAGGAUCCUGUCGGUGAACCUGGAAAAGCGUCAGAUCCGGUUGACCUUGAAGAAGAGUCUGCUGAACAGCGAAUCCGCCAUUUGGGGAGAUUACCAGAACAUCACUCCCGGCACUCAGUCCCCCGGAACCAUCAUCAAGCUCCAGUCUCACGGUGCCGUGGUUCAAUUCUACGGCUCCGUCCGGGGUUUCCUCCCUGUUUCCGAGAUGAGCGAGGCUUUCAUCAAGGAUCCCGCGCAGCACUUCAGACUCGGACAGGUCGUCAAUGUCCAUGCGCUCAGCGUGGAUCUCUCUCUGGAAAAGCUGGCAGUGUCUUGCAAGGAUCCCUCGACCUUCACCGAGGCCUACCGCAAGGCUUUCGAGAAUAUCCACCCUGGCUUGCUUGUCUCUGGUACCGUUUUCGAGAAGUCAACUGACGACCUGCUGCUCAAGUUGGACGACUACGGCCUUGUUGCCCGGCUCAACGUUGAACAGGUUGCCGAUGGCUCGCCCUCGAAGCAGGCUUCGACCCUCUCCAAGAUUCGUGUUGGUCAGAAGCUUAACGAGCUUCUUGUGCUCGACAUCCAGCGGGCCCAUAGACUGAUCAAGGUGACUGGCCGACAGAGCCUGAAGAAGGCCAACAAGCAAGGCCUGAUGCCCGCCAAGUUCGAAGACUUUCAGGAAGGUGCCGAGGUUACUGGUUUUAUCCGCAACAUCACGAUGAACGGAGUGUUCAUUGAGUUCCUGGGCGGCAUCAACGGUCUUGUCCCCAAGCGACUUGUUGGUGAGAAUGUCAACAAGCCCGACUACGGCAUGGCCAAAUCCCAGGUGGUCACUGCGACCGUGCACUCGAUCGACACCGAUCUCCGACGAUUCAUCCUGAGCAUGAGCCCUGCGGAGGCCACCCGUGCCGGCGCCAAAAAGAAGACCGUUGCUAAGGCCGAGCCCACCCCCUCGGACGAUGCUGUCGCCAACGCCGUGGAUGAGGGCAUCAAGUCCAUGUCCGAUUUCACCUUCGGAAGAGUUACCAAGUGCAAGGUCGUUUCUGUCCGGGCGACCCAGGUCAACGUCCAACUCGCCGACAACAUCCAGGGUCGUAUCGACGUGUCCGAGGUUUUCGACAACUGGGAUGAGAUCAAGGAUCGGAAGCAGCCUCUGCGAUUCUUCCGCCCCAAGCAGCUCAUCUCGGCCAGAAUCCUGGGUGUCCACGAUGCCCGCAACCACAAGUUCCUUCCCAUCAGUCACCGUUCCGGAAAGUUCCCUGUUUUCGAGCUCUCUGUCAAGCCCAGCUUCUUGGAGGCCGCCAACCCCAGCCCGCUGAACCUGGAACAGGUCACGGUUGGCUCAACCUGGGUUGGCUUCGUGAACAACGUCGCCGAUGACUGCCUCUGGAUCAACCUGUCGCCCAACGUUCGUGGCAGACUGCGUCUCAUGGACGCGACCGAUGAUCUGUCUCUCCUCGCCGAUGUGGAGAAGCACUACCCGAUUGGAUCUGCGCUGAAGGUCCACGUCUCGGCGGUUGACGCUGAGAAGGGUCGCCUGGAUCUGUCCGCCAAGCAGCGUUCCGACAAGCUCUCGUUCGAGGACAUCACCACCGGCAUGGUUCUGCCUGGAAGAGUCACCAAGGUCACCGAAAGACAGGUCAUCAUGCAGCUCAGCGAAUCGAUCGUCGGUGCAGUUGACCUGGUUGACAUGGCUGACGACUACACGAAGGCCAACCCCACGGCGUGCCAGAAGAACGAGGUGCUGCGCGCCUGUGUUGUCAACGUUGACAAGGCCAAGAAGAAGAUCACCCUCUCCCUGCGCCCGUCGAAGGUUCUCAGCUCCUCCCUGCCUGUUCAGGACCGCGAGAUCUCCUCCAUCGAGCAGCUCAAGGUUGGCGACGUCGUCCGCGGUUUCGUUCGGAGGGUUGCUGACAACGGACUUUUCGUCACUCUCGGCCAUGGCGUUACUGCCUAUGUCCGCGUCUCCGACCUGUCCGAUUCCUACCUGAAGGAGUGGAAGGAUUCUUUCCAGGUCGACCAGUUGGUCAAGGGCCGGGUCACUGUCGCGGAUGCCGAGCAGGGCAAACUGCAGCUGUGCCUGAAGGAGUCCGUUUUGGACCCCAACUACAAGGCCCCUGUUACGCUUGGCGACCUCAAGGUUGGCCAGGUUGUCACCGGAAAGGUCCGCAAGGUCGAGGAGUUUGGUGCCUUCGUUGUCAUUGAUGGCUCUCGGAACCUCAGUGGUCUCUGCCACCGCAGUGAGAUGGCCGAGGGUCGCGUGGAAGACGCUCGCACUCUCUUCGAAGAGGGCGACGCUGUCAAGGCGUUGAUCCUCAAGAUCGACCGCAAGCAGGAGAAGAUCUCCUUCGGAUUGAAGGCCUCUUACUUCGAUGAUGAGGAUGAGGACAGCGACGAAGAAGAUGAGGACUCCGAGGGUAUCAGUCUGGAUGGUCUCGGCGGUGUUGAUGUCGACGGAGAAAGCGACGAGGAUAGCGACGCUUCCAUGGGUGGAGUCGACCUUGAGGGGGACAGCGAAGAAGAGUCCGAGCAGAGCGACGAUGAAGACGAUGACGAAGAAGACUCGGAGAUGGCCGAUGCGCCGUCAUCCCGGCUAGAGGGAGGGCUUGGUGACAGUGGCUUCGACUGGAACGGCAACUCCAAGGACGCGAUGGCUGUCGACUCAGGCUCGGACGCGGAGUUCCGGCCCAAGAAGAAGAAGAACCGCAAGCCGGAGAUCCAGGUUGAUCGCACCGGCGACCUGGACGCCAAUGGACCCCAGUCCGUCGCCGACUACGAACGACUCCUGCUGGGUGAGCCCGACUCCUCCCUCCUGUGGCUUCAGUACAUGGCCUUCCAGCUGGAGCUCGGCGAGGUCGACAAGGCGCGCGAGAUUGCCGAGCGUGCCCUCCGCACCAUCACCAUCGGCCAGGAUGCUGAGAAGCUGAACAUCUGGGUGGCGAUGCUCAACCUGGAGAACACCUACGGCACCGACGACACGGUCGAGGAGGUGUUCAAGCGCGCGUGCCAGUACAACGACACCCAGGAGGUCUACGAGCGGUUGAUCAGCAUCUACAUCCAGUCCGGCAAGAACGAGCAAGCCGACGACAUCUUCCGCACGGCCCUCAAGAAGAAGAUCUUCCAGUCCCCCAAAUUCUUCAUCAACUACGCCACCUUCCUCUUCGACAACAUGGCCGCGCCCGACCGCGCCCGCGGUCUUCUCUCUCGCGCCCUGCAGUCCCUCCCCUCCCACACCCACGUCGAGACGACCUCCAAGUUCGCGCAGCUGGAAUUCCGCUCCGCCAACGGCGACGUCGAGCGCGGCCGCACCGUCUUCGAGGGCCUCCUGUCCUCCUUCCCCAAGAAGGUCGACCUCUGGAACAUCCUUCUCGACCUGGAGAUCAAGAACGGCGAUGCCGAGCAGGUCCGCAGGCUGUUUGAGCGCGUGCUCGGAAUCACCAAGAAGGGCUCCGCUGCCGCUGCUGCUGCUGCUGUUGAUGCUAGCAAGAAGCUUGUUCGGCCGAAGCAGGCUCGCUUCUUCUUUAAGAAGUGGCUGGCCUUUGAGCAGAAGAUUGCUGAUGCUCCGGGUGGUAAUGGCAAGAUGGUCGAGGAGAUCAAGGCCAAGGCGGCGGAUUAUGUUAAGAAUUUGAAGCAAGAUGAGUAGUUGUGCCGCUGGAAAUGAAGAGGGGGGUUGGGUCUGUUACAUAACUGGGUGUUUGGGGACAUACUAGAAUCUUUGUAUAUAAAAAGCAUUUCAUCU